AUGCAGUCCUGGUUUCUCACCUGCCUACUUGCUUCGUGUCUUCUCUUUUUCAAGCCAGCCGCCGCGGCCCAGAUAGCUGCCUUUGACAAUUGUCUUCCCGAUACUUACAAGGCGCAUGAUCCGACGCCGCUACAAUGGCAACCUCUCUACGUCGAUGCCGUCUUCGACACCCAGAAUAAGAGCCAUACUCUUCGCGUGACGACGUGGGGCAACGUGACCGGGUCGUAUAAUAAAGUAGCGCUGCCUGCUCCAGGGGAUCCGAACUGGUCCAACCCCGAGUAUACCCAUGGCAAGAUCCAACAAGAGCCGAACCCGGACAUGGAGAAUCGUCGGGUCACCACUUUGAUCACCAAAGUUAAUGUCCUUACCUACGAGCCCUUCAACGAUGCUUCGGACUUUUGCAAAGACUCACUCAUAAACGGGACCUGUCCGCUUGCUCCUAUUUUCGAUACAAGCAUAUUGGAUCUCCCUUACGGCCUCCCGGCGAUGAGUUUCUCUCAUUCCUUCUUCUCAAGUUACUCAUUUGCGACCUUUUCAGCCACAUUUCUGAUCAUCUACGGCGACUUGGAAAACACGAAUAUCGGAUGCGUGUCGGUGCCUAUCACUCCGGAUCUCAGCGGUUUCGCCUGGAUGCUCACCUUCCUCCCCUUCGUCGCACUCAUAUUUGUCGGCGCUGCAACCGUCUUCGCCGCCAUCUACAGUCCUUGGGGAACCACGGAUAUUUUCAUGUGGUCUUCAAAUCACGGCCGUGAUGUCGAUUUGCUUCGCCUCGUGACCCCUGGUUUCGGCGACUGCUUGCAGUACAUCCAAUUUGCUGCCUUGACUGGUGCUCUCUCUCUCAAUUACCCCGGAUUUUACCAGCCGGUAGCUAGCCAAGUAGCCUGGUCAUCAUUAAUGUUCAACCAGAGUUUUGUGAGCCACGGACCCCCCUAUCAGAGCUUGGUCGACGGCAUCUAUGUCACAAAUAGCACCCGUGGUCUCACUCGAUUCAGUCAACUAGUAGGAAUGAGCGAACCCAAGGACGUAUGGGCCGGCAUGAUGGUUUGGUUGCUCGUCAUCAUUGGUGGCGUGCUCGUCCUAACCCAGCUGGGGUUCCUUGUCCGCCGAGUGUAUCGGCUCGUUAGGAGCAUCCCCAAGGAGGACCUUCGGUCCAAGAACGUACCAUUCUCCGUUGGCAACAUUGUGAGAAUCGGGUUCAAUUACUUUUUACUCCCCAUUGUCUCCUUAUCCACAUAUCAACUCGUCGCUGCUGGCGAGUCGCCUGCUUACACUGUGGCACUUUCGGUUGUUACCCUGGCUAUCGUAAUUGGCUUUACGGUGUGGCUCCUUCGGAUCAUCACCCAGGCGCGUCCUCGGUCCGACCUGUUCGAUGACCUCCCGACGGUCUUGAUGUACGGCCCGCUGUAUAAUACUUACACCGAUGAGGCCGCUGGUUUUGCCCUGAUUCCAAUCCUCCUAGGGAUCCUCCGGGGCAUCGCUAUUGGCGGUCUUCAAGCCUCUGGCAUCGCCCAGAUCGCCAUUCUGGCUAGCGCAGAGGUUGUGCAGCUUCUUGCCUUGGUAUACUUCCGUCCAUUCCACCCUCAAACUUCCAUGAACGCAUAUCACUCCCUAUUCUCUAUUCUCCGCCUUGUAACAACGCUGCUGAUGAUCGCUUUCGCUCCGCCGUUGGGCGUUACUGAGGGGCCUAAGGGCUGGGUCGGAUAUGUCAUUUUGCUCAUCCACGGCGGUGUUCUUGUGUUUGGUUUCUUCCUGAAUGCGCUGCAAACCUUGAUUGAGGUUGUGGCUCGUCUCCUUGGGGCUGGCGGGGAUGACAUGCGAGGGCUAACCCGCGGCGGACUUUCCAAGAUCUUUGGCAUGCGACAACUGUCGAGGCGUAUGUCUCGCCGCCACCACGGAGUGUCCCGUCAGAGCCAACUCUCUACUACUGCGAUGCUCGAUGCCGAACAAGCUUCCAAGACUGGAUAUGUGAUGCCGGGUGGCAGAAUCAGGAGUGAAUCUGUGGCCAGCAUCGGCGGUCUAAUGAACAAGCAACACAGGUCCUCAUCCGCGCUCGAUAGCAUCGACAUAUACUCUGGCGCUCCAGCAAGCUCCUUCACACCCACGACGCCUGGAGAAGCAAACCCCUUCUCCUUCCUCCCUUCCCCCACCCACGGCACUCGACCAGCUCAAGGUGCCAUGGCCGACAACACCAUGGAGCCGUAUUACUAUCGGCCGCCGAGGCGGAGACGCGAGACGAUCACCGAGCCCGUCGCUGGCAACGCGAACGCUCCCUCGAUCAUGGAACCCAAGCGUUAUAGCCAGACGGGAGGCACCCUCGGCGACCCGAGCGACUUGGAUGCGACCCUAUCCCGAGGUGCAACACCCGCCCCUCAUGGUUCUCUUCCCAUUAACCUAGCGCCGAGAACUGAUUACACCACGAGAGAAGUGGACUUUUACUAUGGUGUGAGAGGGCCGGCUCUCAAUUCCGAGCGUCCUGGAAGGAAGCUUGGAACGGGCCCAGCAGAUCCAACCGGACCGGUAGCGACGGCGCAAGGAUGGCUGCGUUCGUUAUUUAGCGGCAAAACGAAAGAUAAGGGCAAAGGAUUCGAAGUCGUCCGGAGCGCGAGGAUGCCUCCGGCGAUGCGAAUGCAAGCCGGUCUUGGGGCCGAUCCUGCAAGCGGCGGCAUGCCUGUGGCUAUGUCUAAUCUGAAGAAUGGACCUGCCGACUCGGACGACGAUGAAGACGAUGUGGCGGGACCGGCGAAGAUUCGGCGAGCACGGAGCCCAGCGACCCUAUUAAACGAAGAUGGAGAACCGCAAGACCUGGAUGCGGAGACCGCGGCGCUCGGCGACUUGGAUGCGCCAGAUAUCCCGAGGAAGAGUUCGAAGAGGCAUUCAGGAGUGUUAGACGUCAGCGGGGCGCCGUCGUUCAAUCUCAUACCUCCAGGGACGCCUCCAGACUCACCCAGGCGACAUAGCCAUGACAUCAGUGAUGGGCCGCCAGUAUUAUCCCGACUGCCGUUUGAGCGCACCGACUCGACGAGGUAUAAUUCGUCCGUUUCGUCCAUGGAUAUCGGGGAUGACUUCACCCAGAUCGACCUCCACCGGUCCAAAACCAACGAGGACGAGCCCACCAGUGGUACCGUUCCGCAGCACAGUAUAAGCAGGGUCGAGCCGGACCGGCAGCAUGUUGACCUUCUCGGCAGCUCGGCCGAGCUAAUCGAUGACCAGUACACGUCGAGCCACGGAGGAUCAGUCGACGGCAGGCGGUGA